GUGACAUUUAAAGAGGUUCUGUUUCUCCAAUGUACUUUUGGCUAUAUAUUUAAUGGAUGCUUUUCCCAAUAGAUAAUCUUGAGUUACAGAGCAUAACCAACUAGCAAGAUGAAAUCUUGUUUCACCAUACUAAAGCUGAACGAUAACCUUAAAAGAAGCUCAAUGAUCUACCAGAAAAGGAUUCUAGUACAAAAACGAGCGAGUACAUGCACAAUGCACAUGGUUACGCUAAGUGUGUGUGUAUGCGCGCAUGACCAAAAAUCUUUGUUUUGGGUUAAAGGGCCAGAGCAGACUGCGGGACAAAAGGAAAACAUGAGGGAGAUGAAGCAAGAUGGUCCAGAGGGAGAUACUCGUUGCCACCCUAGUUUGGGCAGUUAUGAGUUAUACUUAUAACUAUGAGAAUUCCUUAACUAUGGGCCAUGCCUCAAUACAAGAGUGGACUGAGAUGGUCCGAGCUCACUUCUGAUCAAAGAGCAUGUCUAUUGUGUUUGGCGGCCUGCUAAAGAGUCUGCAUCUUUUCCAUGUAAUUUAAAAGCUAAAGAGAAAUAUAUCAAAUGUCAUCUUGAUCUUGGUUUUCUUUUCUAUCCUCAUCCCUAUCCUUUCGCCUUCCUCGUUAACUAUAUAUUUAAUGGAGAUUGAAUUCCUGUCAUUUAAUAAUGGGCACACAAAGCUUAUCUAUAGACUAGCAAAAAGUAUUAAGUGAAGUACGACGACUUUGUAACUCAAUUGACACCUUUUGGUGUUUGCAACGGAGAUUUAUAGGAUUCGAAUCCCCUUCCCCUCUUCCCAUUGUAGCCUUCAAAUAUAUCAAAAGAAGAAGUGGAGAACCACUUUUGCAUAUAGAGCCAAAAAUGGUCGUGCUGAAAGAUAGAACUGGAAUAAAAUCGUGGAUAGUUUAAUCAAGAUGUUAUUUGCAUGUAUAAAUAAGCCAGUGAUAAAGUUCCCACCAACUAGUGUUGUCCACCUAUGUUACCAUGUAAUAAUUUCUGGUCUUGUCACCCUCUCUCUUUUUCCCGACUCCUUUGCCACCCAGUUCCUCAUAUAAAAAGAUCUCAAACUCCUCUGAGUUUGUUGCAAACGACAAUGGCUUUUAAAGCAACGUUGCAAGGAGAGAAAUUGCACAGAGGGACUUGGCACGAAGAGGAAGAUAAGCUGCUCUCGACCUUUGUCACCCUAAUGGGGGAAAGGAGGUGGGAUUCCAUAGCAAGCGCAUCAGGUCUUAAGAGGAGUGGUAAGAGCUGCAGGUUCCGGUGGAUGAAUUAUCUUCGCCCUAAUCUUAAACGUGGUCAUAUAAGCAUCGAAGAAGAGCAGAUCAUUCUUCGACUGCAUGAGCUAUGGGGUAACAAGUGGUCAAGGAUUGCUAGAAGGUUGCCAGGAAGAACAGAUAAUGAGAUCAAGAAUUACUGGAGGACUCAUUUAAGGAAGAAAGCACAAGAACAGCAUGAAGGAAACUUUUAUUGUAAACUAAACAAUGGUAAACAAGAUUUCUUCUUUCAGAAAGGUGAUAUGAGUGGCCUAAACCAUAACUAUGAAAACCAUGGGACUGCUGAGGACUUUUGUGGAACCACAGAUGAUUCGUUUGAUGCUGUUGGGUUGUCGAAUUUUUCAUUGAUUAGUUCUCCAUAUGAAACGCAAUUAUCAGAUCCAAUCUUAGAGUUUAUAAAGGAUCAAAGUGAAAUAAAACAUCAUGAGGGCUGUAAUAGCUUAGAGUCUUGUUUUUGUUAUCCGGCAUUGAUCCCAGAUGAUAGCAAUAUAUGGGACUACGCUGGCUUCCUAUGGAACAUGGAUUAAGCAGAAAGUUACUGUAAUUAAAUGUGAAUAUAAAGAACAUUCAAAACUGUAAAACAGUCAUGUUUUGUAUCAUGCAUGACACAAACUGCAUCAUGAAUAUUGUAUCUAUACUUGUUUGUAUA